AUGCUUAUUCUUGCACAUAUCUCCAUGCUCUUGUUGAGUGUGUUCUUCCUCAGUCCAUCUGUCCACGCUCAAGAUUUUCAACCAGUGGUCGUCUCUUCAUCCGCCAGCGCAUUUAAAGAACUUCAAGGACUAUAUAUCCUUGGGGGAUAUACAGCAGACAAAUCUGUCAAUUCACAAACAUUCAUGCUCGACCUCUCACAAUCUUGGGACGCGGUUAACCCUAUUGUUCAGAAACUCCCCGAUGGUCCCCUUUCAUGGGACAUGCCUAGUACACUCACAGCUGAUGGACAGGGCUGGUUCGCUCUCGUAAAUGGAACUGGUUACCUGUAUGAUAUCAAGAAUUCGACGUGGAGUACAGUUCUACACAAUAAUAGCAAAAUCAACUCUGAAAUGGGCCUAAAAGCAAUCACUGAUCCAGAGACUGGCAUGAUCUAUGUCCCAAAUGGACACAUUGAAAAAAACCAAAUGUCCAUGCUGACUGUAAACCUGAAUACUACAAAAAUUGGAUCUGUACCGAUGCCGUCGGGUUUCAAUACAUCAUCUCUUUAUUCUGCAGCAUGGAGCGCUUCUCGUAAGAGUAUGGUUUUCAUUUCAGAAUCGGCCGACUCUCUUUACUCUUAUAGUACCACCGAUGGAUGGACCCACUUGAACGUUACUGGCGAUAUUCCAUCUCCUCGUGUCUCCAGUUGUCUGCUCCCUAUGAAUGACGACUCUAAAAUAGUACUCUUUGGUGGGUACUCUAGGACAGAGCAUAGAAGCCUUAACGACAUCUAUGUCUUGGACCUAGCUUCGCUAGUAUGGACAAGAGGACCUAAUGUGGACGAAGCAAAUGGUCGCGAUUCUGCUGCCUGUGCCAUUUCCAACGACUUCUUUAUUGUCUGGGGAGGGAUUUCAAGUAACUCUACCCAGGAUGCGGCUCCCAGUAAAGUUACGAUCGUAUACAACUUGGAGAGGUCUGUUUGGGUCUCUCGAUACAAUACUCCUGCACCGAUAGAUGCCAAUAGUCAUUCUCGUAUGUUGUACCAAAUCGGGACUGUGCUCGGAGGCGUGUUUGGAGGGAUAAUGUUUCUAGGCAUCAUUGCUUAUGCCAUCUACCACCGACGCGUCCCAAAACCUGUUCAGAUCUAUCAAAACCACUAUCCAGCCAGCUUUGACGACUACCAGACAACAUAUUCCUAUGGUUAUGCAGAUUCAAAGACCACUUUAGUUUAG